CUAAUUUUGCCGCCAAAAAAAUCUGUUGUAGUUGUUGUUGUUGAGUUAACAACAGUAACACUUUAGGCACUGCCACUUUACAACAGUCAAACAUAAUCGAAGUUUCACUGGUUUCACUAUGGAUGAAGGUCUACAAGCAUUUUCUGAUAAUAACCACAGAAAUAUCACAAUCGUGUCAAAAGUACCUGAUGUUUGUCGAAAACAACGGUGUGCUUUAGGAAUCGAUGAAGCAGGCAGAGGGCCAGUUCUGGGUCCCAUGGUGUAUGGAAUAACAUAUUGCCCUGAAUCUCGAGCAGAGGAAUUGAAAGCUAUUGGAUGUGCUGAUUCAAAAACACUGACAGAGGAACAGCGUGAGAAACUAUUUGGAAAAUUAGAUUCACUUCAAGACUUUGUAGGAUGGGCUGUAGAAGUAAUCUCACCCAAUUCCAUCUGCAAUAACAUGUUCAAAAGGCUCAAACACAGUCUGAAUGAAGUGUCUCAUGAUUCGGCAAUUGGCCUUAUCAGGAAAGCACUUAGCCUAGAAGCAAACAUCACUUCAGUCUUUGUCGACACUGUAGGUCCACCAGAGAAGUAUCAAGCCAAGCUCUCAGCUCUUUUUCCAGGUAUCAAAAUAACUGUUUCCAAAAAGGCUGACUCUCUCUUUCCAGUUGUCAGUGCUGCUAGUAUUUGUGCAAAAGUUGCUCGUGAUAAAGCACUGUCAACUUGGAAAUUCAAAGAGUCUCCAUUCAUCAGUUUAAAAGCAGAAAGCCAAGAACUAAAAUGGGGAAGUGGCUACCCAGGAGAUCCUACUACAAAAAAGUUUUUGGCUCAGAAUAUUGAUGUGGUUUUUGGUUUCCCUCAACUUGUCAGAUUUUCUUGGUCCACAUCUGAGCAGAUUUUGAAAACCAAAGGUGUCGCAGUAGAAUGGGAAGACACAGAAGAGCAAGAAAAUCAAGCAGUUUCUGUCAAGAAAUUCUUUUCCAAUUCAGGAAAAUCGAAUUCCCCGCGUAGACACCCUUAUUUUAUCGAUCGUAAGUUGAAGCAAGCAACAAAGCUUAUUUAAAUGUGAAAUUAAGAAAUAAAAAGAAUUUUCUAUAA